AUGCACAAUCAGACCCGAUCCGCCACGAGCUCCUCCUCCACCGGUCGCGUUCUCGCCAUUCCGGAGUUACUCGAGGCGAUUCUACUCCGCGUUGACAAUGAAAAGUCCACACUAUCAUUCGGUACCUGUGUCGUCAGUCCGCCAGCGACUCGACUCUUUCCCCUCCGUCGAGUAAGCAAGACUUGGAACAACCUCAUCAACAACUCCGUCAAUCUCCAGCGACAGAUGUACUUAUCACCGAAUUCCCUCCCAUGCGCCACUACAGACGAACACAUCGACACCGACGCCGCGCCAGUCCUAUGUCUGAUGAAACUCCUAACACCCACCGAAAAGCGCCUCAAAGUAGCUGCCAAGAUCAUGUCUACACACCCUAGUAUAGCGCCAGUGCGCUUCCAGACUGCCGCACUACGACAUCGCGGGCACAAUCUCAUUGCCUCGCCGGACAUCCUGUACUGCCAAAUUAAAGCACACGUCGCCCGCCUCAAAGCCCUAGGCGACCCAUUCCAUCGCCACAAUGCCUCAUGGCGCAGCAUGAAGAUCUCCAUGUCUCCACUCGACAACGCGGUCAUUCAACUACGCUUCCCUCUGUCGUGCACGCCACCUCCUGUCAUACACCUUGGACGGGAGUGGCACAUCUACAGGUCCUUGCAGCUGGAGAGCGAGGAGGGUGAGACUUUGGGAGAUGUUUUCGAUGCCUAUUUGGAACUAUUUGAGAUUCUCGAGGAGAUGUGGAGCGCGACGAAGGAGCCGGGUGUUACGAUGCGGCAGACACGAGAUGCUGUUCGACGGGCUAGAUCGCGGAGUAAUGCGAAGCAUGGGGAUGAUUCAGGCGCUUCUGGGGAGGAGUGGCAUGGUGAGGUUGGUGAUGGGAUCGUCAAGAGGAACCGCAGGGCUUCAUCGUGA